CUCCCGUCUCCCUCCGCCCCGCCUACGCCAGUGACGUCAGAGCUACGCAGCCGGCGCCGCAAAAGUUACGCUCGGCCUGUCACGCAGAUCUACAUUAUAUAUCCGGCGUAAGCGGUCGGGGAGCGGGAUGGCCCUGCAGCUGCGCAGUGAGGCCCGCGGGCAGUGAGAGGCGCCGCGGAGAAGGCCGCGCACCUGGCCGGGGCCAUGGCAGAGACCAAGGAGGUCCCAGGCGGCGGCGGCGGCCCUGAGGAAACAGGCGGCGCUCACACUGCCGCCGCCGCCUCGGAGUCGCUGAGCGCGGGGGAAUACUCUCGGCGGGUGCACCAGUGGCUGUGGGACUCGUACUGCGGCUACCUGAGCUGGCAGAGCGGCCUGGCCGCGCUCAUGGCCGGAGCCACUGCCUCCGCCGCCCCGCCUCCCGGAGGCUAUUACUACAGCCCCUUCCACUACCUCCUCGCGACCCCUCCGGCUCCCGCCGCCAGUGGUCCUGCCCCGCCGCGCGCGGCCCCGGCUUGGCAACCGCCCGCGGGCAGGCACGCGCCCCUGACCCAACGGGCCGCCCCCGCCGCCAGCUCUCUGAGGGAACCCGGCCGGCCGGCAGGUCGUGAAUAUAUUAUCCCAUCCUUGGCUCACAGGUUUAUAGCAGAGAUGGUGGAUUUCUUCAUUCUUUUCUUUAUUAAAGCAACCAUAGUUUUGAGUAUUAUGCACCUCAGUGGAAUAAAGGAUAUAUCCAAGUUUGCCAUGCAUUACAUCAUAGAGGAAAUAGAUGAAGACACUUCCAUGGAAGAUUUACAGAAAAUGAUGAUAGUGGCCCUUGUCUACAGAUUGCUAGUCUGCUUCUAUGAGAUUAUUUGCAUUUGGGGAGCAGGUGGAGCAACCCCAGGGAAAUUUCUGCUUGGCCUUCGAGUUGUGACAUGCGACACAUCUGUCCUUAUUGCACCAAGUCGCGUGUUAGUGAUUCCAUCUUCUAAUGUGAGCAUGACAACAUCUACAAUACGAGCUUUGAUCAAGAAUUUUUCUAUUGCUUCCUUUUUUCCUGCAUUCAUUACCCUGCUGUUCUUUCAGCAUAACCGAACAGCCUAUGAUAUUGUAGCAGGAACAAUUGUGGUAAAACGAAACGGUGUCAGAUGAUACACAAGAACGCCAGGAUUCUACUGUUCAAAUGUGCUGAUGACAUCUGGUGGAUUUCUGAAUCUGUCACUCCAGAACAGUGCCAAUGAUGACACUGAACUUUUUUUUAAAAAAAAAAUUCCAGCAGUGCCAUAAACAUUGGAGAAAAUGGCACUGAUAUAAUUUGAGAGUAUUUGAACUGAUCAAGGGAAUUAGUUAUCUUCAAAAACUAUUGGCAGCCUAUGGUCAGAGUGUCUUCUAGUGUAUGAGAAAUGCUAGUUCUACAGUGGGGGUCCUAUAGCAAAAGAGAGACUUAUUUUUCAUGAACACUCCAAACUAUUACAGGAGAUAACCAAAGGGAUUAUAGUGUUUGCGGCAAAUUGCUAGAAGUUAUAUAAUGCUAUGGUGGCAGACUGAAUUGUCACUUUAUAAAAGCCUUAUCAUGAAUUUCUCAUGCAAGCAUUGUAUUUUAAUACUCGGAAGUUUUCUUUAAACAUCUUGUGUGUCUUGCAUGAUGAAGAGAUCUUGAACACAAAUCCAAUAACUGAAUAUGUGCUAUUAUCAUGGAAAGCAGAUAAUUCUGGUAUUGGUAAACUGGUAUAUAUUGGAGUUCUGGCAGUAUUACUAUAGGGAAUAGAUGCAAAUUACAUGUUAAUCACUGCUUAGGAUAAGGAAAAGUUUGAUUUCUCUCUCCUCCCCCUCCCCCUUUGUAAGAGCACAGAAAACUUAAACUAGUGCAGAAAGGAGAAAAACGAAGCUUCAGAUUUGUUUAAUGAGAACUACAAGUUUGAGAUACAAGCAAAAGGAAGUUUAUGCAUAGCCUUUUGCACCAUUUUAUAACAAAAUAAUUUUUUAAAUAGCCAAUAACAAUACCGCUAAAGCAAUAGAGAAUUUGUGUAAUCUUUGAAAAAGCAAAUAUAAAUAGGUGCACUUUCACUUUAUUUGGUUGUGUGCCUAGAUAAUUUAAAUUAUCCUUAUUGAACAAAGCAUAUUUUGCAUGAUUUAUUUUUACAAAUAGAAUAUUAGCUGAAUAGCACAUUGGUAUCAAGUUUUUAUGGCUUGGCAAACUUUAAAAAGUAUUACUAUUCUCCCUUAGUCUUCUGUUCCCUUAAGAUCAAAUACUAUGUAACCAGAACACAAUGUUUCUAUUAAUUUGUUUCUGGUCACUUGAUAAGGAACUAACUUAUUGUAAUGGGAUAUUGUUGAUUUUUUUUAAAAAAAAUACAUGUCUUUUAAAAAUGUAAUUCUUAUAAUAUACACUGGUGUUUUCAAGUUAUUGAAGUAUCUCAAUUUAAGGAAGUUCACAGCUGAGCCAUUGGUUUAGUUUUGGAACUGGUGUACAAUGGUGUCGUGAGAUUCAGAUUCUUGUCCAUGUACAUAAGCAGGGAUCUCAAACUUGACAGAUCAUAUGGCUACAGUAGUGACUUUCCAAAUGUAACAGAAUAUCAGAAAUAUUCUUCUAAUUAGACAAACAAUUAAGGGGGAAGGGCUGCUGUUCAUUAUGGAGCAGCAAAGAAAUAAUAUUUCUCCCUCACAGGAAUUCUGAGAAGUCCUGUGUUCAAAUAAAGAUGAAUGUGCGAGAGCUUCUUGGAGGGGAGAUCAUACAGGAGUAAGUACUUAACAUUUCUCCUAAAAUACAUUUCUGGAAGGGUUAAAAGUUUGUGCUAUGGCUGUUUCCUUUAACUCGUCUCUUUCCAUCUUUCUGAAUGAAUUAAUCUUCAUGCUGAAAAACCUGCAGGUUGUCUUGCUGCUAUGGUUUGCAGCACUGAACAUAAAUGCCUGUUGAGGAAGGCCUACUUAUAGGAAAGCACUGAUGGAUUGGGAGAUUUACCACACCCACUUGUCUUAUGGCAAAUACCCUAUUCCUUAGAAUUAACUGAACCUAUGAGCCAAUUGGCAGGCAAUGCUAAGUUGAACUGGUUUAGCAUCGGUUUCCUGAAGAGAUCUUGGCCACUGCACUUCUCUGCUUCUCUCACACCCUACUAAGGCAUACUUUGCUUGGUAUGGCACAUAGCUGCCAAGUUAUCCCUUUUUUACAGGGAUUUUCCCUUAUGCUGAAUAGGCUUCCUUGCGAGAAAAGGGAAAACUUGGCAGCUAUGGUAUGGCAUUCAGACCACAAGCUGUAACCAAGGUUUGUUCAUGGUUUGGUUUAGCUUUAGUGCCUGUCUUCAUUAAUUAUAACUUAGCACUAAUUCAGUCCCUCUGAGAGAACUGCUGGGCUGAUGAAUCACUGAUGCUCUAUGAAUUGAGUAGUAAGAGGUAGCUCCACACAGCAUUGCUGAAUUAUGUGCUACUGUAGUUUAUCCUAGCUUAAUUAAAGCUGAUAUCAAUUGGGGAUAGCAUCUCUGCUUCUGGUGUGCUAAGAUCAUUCAGUUGCUUCCAACAGCAAGGGAUAGCAAGAUUGACUACCUGCAGAGUAGUCAGGCCCAGAACAGUGAAUCAUGUGGAAAAUCAUGGAGUGGAGCUGUGACUAGUGGAAGUCACAGUCCAUCUGGAUGUGGAAAAGGUUGUCACCAGUUCAAGAAUUGUGGAUUUUGACUUUGUUUGCACUACCCUUCUGCGUAGCAUUGAACUUGAAAGGUGUAUUUUGCACACAGUUCCAUCAACUGAAGGGUACAUUUCUACACUUUUAGUUAGGCUGAGAGACACAGAGUAGUAGUAGUAGUGGUAGCAGCAGCAGCAGCUUAGGUAUUAUCAGUUGUAGAGCACAAAGGACACAAACUGCUUUGAUCAACUAUUUUAGUAAUGAAUACAGAACUUGUGUUACUAGAUAUUAUAAAGAUUAAUUAGGCCACCAUUUAAACUGCCUACAUGAUUGCUUUUUAUACUUUGGGUAUGUGUCUUUAAAGAUGAUUGACUUUUAUUUUAUGUAGUAUAUGUUGUAUUUAUCAGGUUGUUGCUUUGUUGCUCAUAGUUGAGUAUUACAUAUUUUAGGCUUUUAAAAACACAUUUUUCAGUGAAAGCCGCUAAUUACUGACUGCUGGGGCUGAUGAAUUUAUUAUGGUCAUAUGUUAUUUUAAAAGGUGCUUCAUAAAUUCAUCUUUGUUUCUAGACCCUUGGCUCAUGGGCUAAUAGUUUAGUUGCAUUACUCUUGAGCCACCAUGCUUCAUGAGGUCUUGGGAACACCAGAAUGGAAAGGUUGGAGGUUUUUUUACCUGCCCCCAAGCAUAUACAAAAAAGCCAGCCAGACAUGGAGUUGUGCAUACUGCAAAAACAGGUUCUACGUCACAAAGUAAAUUGCCCACAACUGGCAACUGCUCUUUGACUUCUUGCCUCCCACAUCCCUUUUCAAAAAGGAGUAAAUGUGUUUAGCCACUUAUCAAACAUGGUAGAAACCCAUCCCUGAGGACUGCUGGGAUAAAAGCAAAAUAUGUAGGACAAAAUGUUCUUUGUGUGUAUUGAGGACUUUGGCCCCUGCAGCAGAGUAUUAGGGCAAGAGAAAACAAUGGAGAAUGGUUUGCUAGAUGGUGAUAAUGCAAGCUGUUGGAAAAACAUAGUUGAAAGGUGCUCAUCCAGGUUUUUUUGAGGCAUGUAUAUAAACUUAAAGACCUACUAGCCUUAAGAUAGCAGAAAAUGGGAGAAAUGAGCAUAAACCUCCUGACUGGAACUCUUGAAAGGUUCUGUGAAGAUGAGGACCUGCAUAUGGGACUGCAGACCGCAAAGAAGAAUCUCUUAUAAACCAAGCUGAGGCUGUUAAUCAAGGUACCUACGAUCGUUUAUCUUUCACUUGCUGCCAAUUACUAGGCAGUAAGUAUUUUAAUAAAUACAUUAUUGUCCCCGGUCUAUUACGUAUUACUGCAAGUUUAAGUGUAUUCAAAUGCUCCAGACAACUGUGUUUAGCCCUCUGGGCUUUGAAGUUCAGGUACCCUGUUAUUAGCACAAUAACACAGAUGCAUUUAAUUUGCAUUGAUCAGCAUUUGUUAAUUGUAAAUAUAAGACGUAUAUCCUA